UCAGAGCGACUCCAAGAGGAACUGCUUCCCAAGUGUGGGAAUUAGACCCGACUCCAGCGGCAGAGCCGGGACGGAGCACACGGGGGGAUAGGACCUGGACCGUUCUUUGCCUGAGAGGCGGACGGGCUUCCCCCCUUUUGCCGGAACUUUCCGUGGAGGAGAAAAAAAGCCCCCGAACGUCUCUCCCCCCCCUCCUCCCACUUCCCAGCGAUGGCUGGAGUUUGAGGAGACGUUCUCCAGCAGCGUAGGAAUGUACCUCUCUGGGAGCGAAGAGUCGGAUGUGAUUGUCGUGAAUGAAAUGGAUACUUCUCCAGAGUUGGAAUCGCCACAACGAGAGAGACACGGCAAGGGGGGUGAGGGUCGCCGCAUUGCGACUGAAAGGUGGUCUCAAGCGGGACCUCAGGACCCUCGGCUAUUCUCAGCUGUUCCGCUGUUUUCCUUCUCGGCUUGAGAGAAGGGUUCUGACAUAGAUUUGGCUGAGACUGUGACUGAGACUGUGACUGUGAGUGUGGAUAUUUAGGGAAAAAAAGAACAUGGGAGGGAUGAAUUCAGCAGGCAUGCUCAGUGCUGCCCCCCAAGGGAGGAAGGCAGCCAUGAAAUUUGGACCGGUACUGCACUGUCGAAGGGAGGGGGGACUUGCUUGUGUGUGUGUGUGUGUGCGCGUGCGCGUGCGUGUGUGUGUGUGUGUGCGUGGUUAGAUCGACCAUCUAUCUGAGACACAAGAACAGAUAUGGAAGGAAAAUGGAGAAAGCAGGAGAGAAAGAGAGAUACAUAGAUACGUGAGCGAUGGAAAUAGAGGAGAUGGAAGAAAGCAGGAAGUUGAAGAGGAGAGUGGAAUAAAACAGGAGGUGAUAGGAAGGAGCGAUAGAGAGAUGGACAGGAAGAACAGAACAGGUAGAAAGAGAGAGCAGCAAAUGGGAGGGAGCAGGAAGUAGAGGUGGGAAAAGGAGAGAAAGGCGAGAUAGACAGAGGGAGAGAGAGAGAGACAGAGAGAGGAGUGGAGCAGGAGAGGGAAGAGCAGGGCAUUUCUGUACCUGAGCAGUCCAGGCAGCAGUGCGAAUCGAGAGCCCCCCCCCCGUCCCGUCCCGUCCCCCGUCACACAUGCACACCCGCCCCCCUUGCGGCGAGAGCAUGGCAGUGUGUCGGUGAGGCAUGAGCGGUCGGAUGGCCGGCCAGCCCAGACGGGGCGGCGGCAGUAGCGGUUCCACGCGAUUGUGGAGAGCGGUGUCGCCGCGGCAACAGCAUCAGCAACUGCAGCAUCAGCAUCGGCGACAAGUGACGAGGCAGAUAGCGACGCGGCUCAGGGCGCUGAGCGCCGGGGCUGGCCGAUGAAGGCGGCUUGGAUACGGCUGCUGAAGAGAGCCAAAGGGGGCCACGUGAAGAGCUCGGACGUCUAUGGUUCGGCGGACUCCUACACCAGCCGUCCAUCAGACUCUGAUGUUUCUUUGGAGGAGGAUAAGGAGGCUUUACGCAGAGAGGCAGAGAGGCAGGCCCAGGCACAGCUGGAGAAAGCAAAGACUAAACCAGUCGCAUUUGCUGUCCGCACUAACGUCAGCUACAUCGCCACCCAGGACGAUGACGCCCCCGUGCCCGGCAUGGCUAUCUCCUUUGAGGCUAAAGACUUCCUUCACGUCAAAGAGAAGUAUAACAAUGACUGGUGGAUAGGACGGCUGGUGAAGGAGGGCUGCGAGCUGGGCUUCAUCCCCAGCCCCGUGAAGCUGGAGAACACGCGUAUGCAGCACGAGCAGCGCGCUAAACAGGCCAAGCUCCACUUCAGUAAAUCUGGAGCAAACUCCUCGUCCAGUUUGGGUGACAUCGCUCCCAAUUCGAGGAAAUCCACCCCACCCUCGUCUGCCAUUGACAUAGACGCAGCGGGCUUAGAGGCAGAGGACAGUGACCUCCCGGCCCAGCAGCGGUCCCCCAAAGCCAGCCCAAACAGUGUCAUGUCACCCCUAGCAAAAGAGAAAAGAAUGCCCUUCUUUAAGAAGACGGAGCACGUGCCCCCAUACGACGUCGUGCCUUCCAUGCGACCUGUGGUCCUCGUUGGGCCUUCGCUGAAGGGGUAUGAGGUCACAGACAUGAUGCAGAAGGCAUUAUUUGACUUUCUGAAGCACCGAUUUGAGGGAAGGAUAUCCAUCACGCGAGUCACAGCAGACAUCUCGCUGGCCAAGCGUUCUGUGCUGAACAAUCCCAGCAAGCAUGCCAUCAUCGAGCGCUCCAACACCCGCUCCAAUCUAGCUGAGGUGCAGAGCGAGAUCGAGCGCAUCUUUGAGCUGGCCAGGACCCUGCAGCUGGUGGUGCUGGAUGCAGACACCAUCAACCACCCUGCCCAGCUGGGGAAGACCUCACUAGCACCCAUCAUUGUCUAUGUCAAAAUCUCAUCCCCCAAGGUCCUUCAGAGGCUCAUCAAGUCUAGGGGGAAAUCCCAGGCCAAACACCUGAACGUCCAGAUGGUGGCAGCGGAUAAGCUGGCGCAGUGCCCGCCCGAGAUGUUUGAUAUCAUCCUGGAUGAGAACCAGCUGGAGGACGCAUGUGAGCAUAUGGCCGAAUACCUGGAGACCUACUGGAAAUCCACCCACCCGUCCAGCUGCAGCCCCGCCAACUCGCUGGCGGCUAAGCUGGAUGCCAAUACUGUGCCCUCAAGCCCUGCCCCCGUCGCCAGCCUGCAGGGCUCUGGGGGCGUGCAGAAGGCUGACAAAGCCGGAGGGGACAGAAAGGCGUCACGGGAGGAGCACACAUGCCACACGGAGGCCGAGGCUGGUGGCGACAGGCCCCAGGCGCCGGAACUUUCCCGGCGGGCACAGCACACGCAUCACCGUUCCUCCUCCACACGGACAGAGCACCACAACCACCAUCACCAUCACCACCGGAGCAGCAGCAGCAAGUCGGGCCGGCGCCUGUCCCGGCAGGAGACGCUGGACCUGGAGACGCCGGAGAGCCGGGACUCGGCCUACAUAGAGCCCCGCGAGGAGCUUCCCGAGGAGGAGCAGGCAGCGGUGGGGCCAGGUGCAGGCGCGGCAUCACGGCACGAGGAAGCGGGUCACCACGAGCACAACCACCAUCAUCAUCAUCACCAUCACCACCAUCGUCACCAUCACCGCAGUGACAGCCGUGACCACGAGCAGGACCACAACGAACGUAACAGGCAGCGAGGGCACCACUCUCGGGGGACCCGGGAGCAUCACCAUCAUCAUUACUACCGGGACCGGGACCGGGACCGGGACCGAGACCGCGAUGGGGAGGCGCAGUCCCGGAAACGGGGGGACACCAGCGAAUGGACCAGAGACGCUUAUGCCCAAUAGUGCCUGUCUUCACAUCCGCCUCUGCUAGGACCCGGCGGGACCCUCCUCGGACCCUGAUGCAGGCUCCAUGGCGAUAGUUGCUAUGGCAACAGUUUCUGUGGCAACGCCCGUAUCCACUUCAAUAGCAGCAUAGUUUUUUUUUGUUUUUCUUUUUUUAGGAGGACGAAAAAAAGUCUGUACGCUUCCGUGGGUCUAUGCCCGCACGAGAACACUCAAAGGUAUCCACGUUUCGAGCACAUAUCCGCACACGCGUGUGUGUGUCUGUGUGACUGCUGUUCUGUGUGCUGUGUUCCAGUUAUGAGCAACAUGUGCGUGUCAAGUUGCGGUAAAAUGUGAAAUCUAAACCGUAAGGGAUAAGUUUGUGAUAUAAUGUUGAGAUAUGCAGCACAUACAGCAAAAUAUAUUAUGUUUAUCACCACUUUCAUAUAUGCAAUUCUGUGCAUUCGUUUUGGAAUGUUUUUACAAUACAUGUAUUCUUUGGGGUGGGUACUAGUAUAGAGGCAUAAAAUGGCAUAUUGGGGGGGCGGGGGCAACACUUUUAGGAAAAUAAUAUCCGCAAUAUAUUUUGAUGUGUGUUAAGGAGAUAAUCUUUAUAUUUUUAGACUUCAUUUUUAAUCGUAGAAGCCUUUUUUGUGAAGGUUGUGCUGGUAUAUUUUCUGUUUCUUUUUCUUUCUGUUGUGAACGCCCCCCCGUUGCAAAUAGACUACUGUUUCAUGAAGUGGGGGGGGGGGGGGGGGG